CAUUCACUUGACAUCUGUUGGCGUGACUCUUCCUCCAACUGCAUCUCUACCUGAGAUUUUGAAGAACAGCGAAAACGGUUGACCCCUGCUUUCAACAUGUCUUCCUCUGCACACUGUUCCGGGUCCAAGUUCCUUGGGCGCCUGAAAAGCCCCAUCUGUAGCUCCAAUGCUGAGCAAGAUGACCACCAACUUCCCAAGUUUGAGCACUUUGGGGAGGCUGUGGAAAUUCCCCAUGGCCCCUCCAGUGAUGCCACCCUGGAAUGUGUGAGAGUGGACAUGAUGCAAAAUGAGAACAAGAGCGACCACCACUGUCACUUGUACGAAGGCAAAAACAACAUUCUCAUCGUCCGUAGGGCUCAAGAGUUUCAGAUGACCCUCCAGUUCAACCAGCCCGUAAAUCCCAGUGACAAAUUCCAGAUUGAGUUUUACAUUGGUAUUGAUACCAACGUGUUCAAUGGCACAAAGAUCAUCGUCGCCUUUGACGGCUCACAAACUGGGAAUUGGACCGGCCGCAUGAUACAGGAACAAGGGGAUGAGUGCGUGGUGGGCAUCACCCCUUCUGCGGAUGCCAUCAUCGGAAAGUACUACACGAACGUGGCGGUCAUCAGUGACAAUGGAAUCUCAAGGACACAAAAGGACUCUGGAACAGACUUCUACCUGCUGUUCAACGCCUGGGCGUCCAAUGAUGAAGUGUACAUGCCCAAUGAGGAAGACAGGCAGGAGUAUGUGAUGAAUGAAAAUGGCUGCAUAUACCAGGAGGAAUCAGGUGGUGGAAGGCAAUGGUAUUAUGGUCAGUUUGUGGAAGGGAUUCUUGAUAUCUGUUUCCAAAUCUUGGAUGACUCACACAUGCCUCUAGUAAACAGAGGCGAUGCUGCCAACAUCUGCAGGAUAGGCUCUGCAAUGAUGAACUCCCAGGAUGACCGCGGAGUCUUGGUGGGCAACUGGAGCGAGGACUUCUCCAAUGGCACUGCACCAACCUUCUGGAUUGGCAGUGACCAGAUCCUGCUCCAGUACGCCAGCAAAGGCCCCGUCAGCUACGCCCAGUGCUGGGUCUACGCCGGGACGCUCAACACCUUCCUGCGGUGUCUGGGCAUCCCUGCCAGGGUGAUCACCAACUUCAACUCCGCCCACGACAACUCAGGGAACAUAAUCACGGAUCUCGUCUUCAACUCAGUGGGAAAUCAGCUUGAACUGAACGAGCGCCUUACCAGAGACUCAAUCUGGAACUACCACUGCUGGAACGAGGCUUACUUGUCCAGACUUGACCUCCCUGCAGACCAGGACUUGGGUGGCUGGCAGGUUGUGGAUUCCACCCCCCAGGAAACCAGUGAUGGAUAUUUCCGCUGUGGACCAUGCUCUAUCAAAGCCAUCAAGGAAGGAAUGCUCGGCUAUCAAUUUGAUGGCCCAUUUGUGUUUGCUGAGGUGAAUAGCGACGUUUACAAAUACACGCUAAAUACACAAACUGGGAAAACUGAGUUACUAAGCGUAGACAAAACUUAUGUCGGCAAGAAACUCGUGACGAAGUCCAUUGGUGGAAACAAUUAUGAGCCAAUGGACAUUACAGAGACGUACAAAUACCCAGAAGGCAGUAGUAAAGAUGAAGAGACCAUGAAGAAUGCCGAGAGAACCUACAAGUCGCAUAUGCAAUAUGAUGACGAGCAGGGUGUAGAGAUGACGCUGGAGAUCCCGCAGGAGCGUGUGAAGAGUGGCCAGAACUUCCAGAUGGCUGUGGUCUUCAGGAACCUGAGUGAAGACAUACGCACCAUCCAUGGCCUCCUGGUCGGCUCCACAAUCUACUACACCAACAUCCAAAGGGCUCAGUUCAAGCAGGAGACCUUUGAUGUCACUCUGAACCCAAUGGAGACGUCGAGGGUACAGGUGGUCGUGCUAGCCCAGAACUAUGUGCCCCAGCUGGGUUGCCAAUCCAACCUCCGCUUUGUGGUGACGGCCAAGAGCUUGGAGAACAACCAGGACAUGAUGGCCAUACAGAUAGUGAACCUGAAAGGCCCCGACCUGGCCUUUGCGAUGAGUGGACCAGCGAAGGUGAACCAGAAGGUAUUUGUCAAGGUGGAGUUCACCAACCCGUUCCCAUUCAGCCUGCGUGACGUGAGGAUGGCCAUGCAAGGGCCUAAUUUCAUCUCAUACCGGGAAAGGUUGUACAGUGUGAUCGCUCCCGGUGCCUCCAUCACCUGGAUGGAGUCCUGUGUCCCUACGAGGUCUGGGAAUACAAUGAUCUAUGCUGUCCUGGACUGCUCGGUCCUUGGGAAUGUGCAAGGCAAUUGGGCCAUCGUCGUCCAGGCCUGAGCAUUGCCCAGGAAGCCCUUCCCACCUGCUAAUCGCCUGCCAUCGACCGGAGAACCAUGGACGAAUAGAGGCUCUUGUGUAGAUUUGAAAGAAUUUGAUCGCUGGAUAAGCAAUUCCAUCUAGCCUAUGAGAGGGUGAGGGCGAGCAAAUAACAUACCCCUUACAGAAAAAACACAUGAUUCACAGGUGAAAUUUCCUCCUUUGAAAUCAUGUGAAACCAUGUUUUUUUCGAACACUGAAGUUUACAUGUGUAUUUUACAUGUGAUCACAACCUUUCACGUGAAUAUUUUUCAAAUGAGAUUCCACAGAUGAUGCCCUGCAAACAAAAUUGAGUCGUUAGGAUACACACAAACAGUGCUUUUAACAUACAGUGUUUUCAACAUACAUAUUUGACAUGCAUGAUUACAUUGUGUAUGUUUAUUUAUGCAGUAAUUAUUAUUCAACAUGUCCACAGCUGGGUUUUAAACUCACAAACUCUUGGUUCACGGCAUCCCGACCUUCCUGCUACACCAUCAAGUCGGUGUCAAUUACAAAUUGAACCUGUAUUCCUACACUUUGGGUUUAAGUCAAAUAAAUAUCAGCUUUGUUAAAAAUACACGAUUAUAAAAAACUAUUAUAUUUAUCAUAGUGAUUCAGGAGUAACAUUAAAACAGAGUAAUAUCCUCCACAAACAGUAGACAACUAUUCAGAAAACAAUACUUAUUCUGAAAUAACUGUAUGAAAUCUAUGGUGAGAGAAUAAUCAGAUUAACUAAAAUAGAAGUGCAGAUGGCACUCUUUUGCUAAGUGCAGACAUGUAUUAUAGGUAAUGAAUGUGUAUAGGAAUGCUAUAGACUUUGAUGGGCAGCAGAAAGAUCAGCGUAACCCAGAAGUUGUAAAUUCUAAUCCCAGGUGGGGUCAUAUUGAAAAGUCACUACUAAGUGAUCAUGUCAAAAAUAAUCAUGUUAUCAUUGAUGAAAUAUUUGGUGCACUAUUUUAGCUGAAUAGUGUACCAUUCACUUUAAAACCCACAUAUCAUUUGAUUCCCUUACACAAUAAGACAUGCAAAAUCGCAUUUUGACAUAUGAAAUAUAUUUUUUCACAUGUUGAGCUGAAAUGUUCACAUUUUCACAAAAGAAAAAUCACAAAAAAAGAGACUUGAGGUCAGUUGUUCACAUAUGAAACCACAUGUUCACAUGUAUUCAAUUUAAAGUUCACAUGUUAACACCACCUUUUCACAUAUGAGGAGAAUAACAUGUUUUCACCUCACAUGUGGAAUUUAUUUUUCAUGUGUGAAAACGUUCACAUAGGAAAAUAUAACUCUCAAAUGUGUAGUUUCAUGGUAUCAUACGUAGACAUUUUGCAUCCCCAUGUUGUCACAUUUAUUUCACGAGAUCAUGUUUUCACAUGUGUAGUUUCAUGUUAUCAGAUGUUGCUUUUACAUGUUGUCACAUGUUCUCAUGUUAAUUUCACAUAAGAUCACAUGUGAAACAGAUGUUAUCACAUGUGAAAUGUAUGUGAUUUUUCUGUAAGGGAUUGCUUACACCGAUAAGAUUUUUUACAGAAAUGCCUAGGGCUAGGGGCUAGGAGUGGAUUUGGAAUUGGGCAGAAGAGGCAGGGCCAAACCGCAAUAAGUUUAUCUUAUUAUUUCUUCUGCAUCGCCAAAUAUCAAUCAAAUCAAUGAAUUUUCAGGCAUUGGUGAGACUUAAAGUUGAAGGGCACCUACAUAAGGACUUCAUCACACAUUCAUUAGCCAUAAAUGCCACAUUCAUGAUCAGUAGAACUGCAAGCUGACUUUAUUUAACUUGGCAAGUUAGUUAAGAACGCAUUUUUAUUUACACUGACGGCCUACCCCGGCCAAACCCGGACGACGCUGGGCCAAUUGUGCGCCGCCCUAUGGGACUCCCAAUCACGGCCAGAUGUGGUACAGUCUGGAUACGAACCAGAGACUGUAGUGACGCCUCUUGCACUGAGAUGCAGUGCCUUAGACCGCUGUGACUUCCUUGAUAUGUCACAGUAUCAUCACUUGCAUGUCAACUCUAAACAUCCUGUGUAAACUUGCAGUUGUUGACAUAGUUUUUUCAUAAAAAUUAACCCUUCACUAGUGUUACAAAAGACUCUCAUGGACGAAAAUCAUUAAAAAAGUUAUGAUUCACAUGAAUAUGAUGGAUAGAGUUUUUUAUGCAUUCUAAUUAGAUUACAUUUAUAUCUCAGGGAUUACAUUUGGUUUUGAGUCAGCCGACUCAGACUCAGAUUCGGUUUCUGUUAUUUUCGAUCUUACAAACCUUUGCUGACUGUAAAUUUCUCAUACAAUCAUGACCUUCAAUCUAAUCAACGGUCCAGUGUUAUCUGCAGUAGAUUUUAAUCAAGCAGAAAAGGUACUGCAUUUAAAGAAGCUAUGCGUGUUUGGGAAACAACGUGAAAAAUGUUUCUUUAGACUGGGAUUUUGGUUGCCAAAACGUUGCACAUCACCCACCUAUUAUCCUUAUAUAAAUAAUUUAAUUGUAUAACGUAAAAAAAGAAAAAAUCACAAUGUAAAAGCCAUAUAUGGGCACCAUUCCUCAGUUAUUUUGUUUGAUAGUAUUUUGUAUAACCAGUAAUAUUGGAAGACCAUCAUUUUUGGCUUUGCAUCAAACUAAAUCUUUUAAUUCACUGCCAUUAACUGUUUAUAACAUUUCAGCUGUUCACUGCUUUUGAUUAACAAUAAAAUC